UGUGUCGCCGCCGUCGGUUUUAAAUCGCCCCCGUGAAUCCGAUCUCGUCUCGUGCAGGAGAUCUUCUUGUUUCGUCGGGCUUCGGGAGCCCAGCAGAAGCUUUCCCGUUGUGUCUGCGCUGAAUGGGCACCUUGUGUCCCCAGGCAGUUUAGAAACUUCUCUCCCUUGGUUUCUCAUGGACAGAUGACACCGUUUGGACUCAGCUUUAGGUACCCAGCACAGUCAGCUCUCUGUUUCUCGGGUAACGUGAGAGAGAGACUUUACACCGUGAGCCUGCCGUGGAAUCGAAAACGAUAAGGCAGCUGGAACCCCGAUUGUUUGCCCUUCGGAGGGCUGGCUCGAGGAGAGGCACCGAGUCUCUUCCCUUUCUCUGGCGUUGCUGAAGCGCAGAGAAGAACUUCUGUGAAUAUACGACGGAGUAAUCGCAGCUUGAGACUCGUUUCCUGGAGCAAAAUGUCAGAGAAUCCAAACGGACUUCCCGGGACAGCACCAGAUUACAGAUACAAAAAGGAUGAGCUCUUUAAAAGAUUGAAAGUGACUACUUUUGCCCAGUUGGUCAUCCAGGUUGCUUCUCUAUCUGAUGAAACCUUAGGAGUGAUGAAUGAGGAGAUCCACAAGCUAGAAGAUGGUGCUUCCGAUGCAGAUGCUGAACUCACGGCAGGGACAAAUGGGAAAGGAAGCCCCAGUGGGACACCACCCAGUCCAGUCCUGUUCAUAAACAGCACAGGAGCUGGGGAAUCAUACCGGUCCACGCUGCAGAGUGUGAUAAGUGGUGUUGGUGAGCUGGAUAUAGAAAAGGACACUCCAAAGAAAGCGGACGCUGAGGCUAAAGACAUGCCUUAUCCCGACUGCCCCUUCCUGCUUCUGGACGUACGAGACCGAGAUGCUUAUGACCAAUGUCACAUCGUUGGAGCUUAUUCAUAUCCUAUUGCAACGCUGUCUAGAACCAUGAACCCGUAUACAAAUAGUAUUUUGGAAUAUAAAAAUGCCCAUGGGAAAAUCAUAAUUCUGUAUGACGACGACGAGAGGCUGGCCAGCCAGGCUGCCACGACCAUGUGUGAGAGGGGCUUUGAGAACUUGUUCAUGUUAUCCGGAGGCCUGAAAGUCCUUGCACAGAAGAUCCCAGAAGGACUCGUCACCGGCUCGCUCCCCCCAUCCUGCCAGGGGGCAGCUCCCCCUGGAUCCGCGCGAAAAAAGGCCGCUCCCAAAGCGCCACCCACGCGUGCCGAGAAUAAGUGGAGAUUUUCUGCAGAAGAUCUACAGAAGAUUAAGUACUACCUAGAAGAGGAGCAGAUUCCUUCAGAUACUGCCAGCCGUCUUAGCAGUGGCUCUUCAGGGCGCGAUUCCAAGGCAACGACUGUGAGGAGCAGCCCCAGCCUCCCCACCGCUGCUGCCAACGCGGGGUCUCUCACCACCCGCUCGUUCAGCAGGAGCAGCCUCCAGAACAGGCCGUGGAAAUAAGCAGCGGCGUCUCCUUCCAGUGAAUAAACGAACGUCCAGGUUCUGGGAACCCUGAGCAGUGCGGCCCGUUUGUCGUUUUAGGAAUCCACGGGGAAAAGCAGCGGUGGUUUAUAAAAGGCAGCUCGGGUAAGGCAGGGGGAGCUGGAAGGGUUGAGGUUUUAUAGAAGCAGCGACAUUGGCAAGGCUGACCUUUAGGUGCAGUGUCAGGACAGGACUGGUAUAACUGAUUUUGUAGGGGAGGGAAAGAAAACUGGUUGCGAAGCCCGUGACCAGCAGGAACGGUGCUGUGAAACUUGUAGUUCAGACUGAAGAAUUUGCGUCUGUAACUAAUGCUCCCUCUGCGCUGUGCCCAGAGCUGCAGGUUGUGCUAACGGGAGAGCACGUGAAGGUCAGCGGGCCAGAAAAGCAUCUGUGAGCAAAAACCUUGCUGUUUUUUUUAGCGGAGAUGCGAAUUGCCAAAAUAACGCAGAGGGGAUUCCGUAACUUCUUUUUUUAAAAAUGUUUAUGAGCAGAAGUAUUUGUAAUAAAGCUGGUUUUGGAAAUAAUGCCCAGCAUGGCACAGUAAUGUGACGGUUGUCUUGACUCGUGGGCAACUUGUGAACUAGUUCUGUAUUUUUGAAGGUGAGUUGGAAGGGAAAACAACUGAUUCUUCUCCCUUGUUGUCGGCACCGUUUGACUUCUAACUGUGCUUUUUCUGCUUUGUUCUUUGCUGUGGUUAUGGAGAAUGCUCCUGUGCUGUGUUUUGGGCUCUGGAUAAGAUGAGAGGGGAAAGCUGUGAGCUGAGCAGGGUUUUAGCUGGCUCUUACAGCGAGAUCAGCUGCCGUGCCCCUCUUCCAGAUGUGCAAGCAGAGUUGUCUCCCUGGUUCAACUGCACACCAGUGGUUUCUCCAUUUUCCUACUUGGAGUAGCUCCUUUAAGGUUAGGGUGGCUGAAGGGAAAUUGUCUUUUGCCCUCUCACCGGGGCCCCUAAAACCUAGACAGGACGCAAAUCUGGUAACUGAACGGGGCACGAAGAUUUUGCGGAAAACCGGUACCACAGCUUUCAUCAAAUCGGUGCUUUCAUCAUACCAGUAUUGCCUGGGUGACCUAGAAAUCGUCUGAAACUCAACAGUGGGAAAAACGAUGCAGGGUGCGGAGAAAGCAGAACCAAGGCUACCCGUGUUUGUAGAUGGUUGUGGAGAGAUCCUGCUCCUCUCGGCUCCUCUCGCCUUCACCUAGAGUGUUGCUCAGCUUUAUCUGGCUUUGGCUUCUUGGUCUUGUGUUUUAAUGUGCGUGGCUUUUGGGGUUGUUUUUUUUUUUUCUUCUUCCCCUUUUGACAUAGGCAAAUGAUCUUUAACAGACCCCUAAAUUCACUCCUGGUGCAGGUCAUAGGGGAAACUUAAGGUGAAAGGGCAAGGUGAGAGAAAUUACAAGUGAUUCCCAGUUUAUCAGUUUAAGACUCCUCAUUCCUGAGGACACUUAUCACAACCUCUCUCUGUACCUCCGCUGCAGGAGUGAGCUUUGCCUUCUGUACCCGUGACCCCUUGGAAUGGUUAGGAUAAUCCUUGUGAAAGCAAGGAAGAGGUUGUGUAACGAGCUGCUUUUCUGCCUCUGGACUAAUCUUUUCAGAUUUUUUCACUCAUUUUAGUGACAAAUACCGGUAGCAGAGCAGAACCACAGAAUUUAGCUCUGGGUCUCUCCGUGAGUCUUAAAUCAGAGAAGUGCUCACACAGGUGAGAUUCCUGUGCCAGGGACUGGCAGGCUCAUUCUGAUGAGAGCCAUAAGCUCAGACCUCUCCAGAGAAGUGCGAAGUGACCAGCACAAACCUCCCACGCUGUGUAGGGAUGCUGUGAGGGGGAGGAAGAGGGGAGAAAGGAAGGGCAGAGCCACGUUAAAAGUAUCCUGAAGGACUAUGCAUACUUCAGAGUUGAAUGCCCGUGUUUUCAAAUAUGGAUCUAUAUUUUUUUAUAUGUAACAAAAGCCCAGUAAAGUGAGGUAUCUUAAAGUCCUCAGCUUCCCAGAGAACCCUUGAAUGGUUGAAGUUGUGCAAAGCAGCUUUUACUUGGACAAGCUGCCCUUCCAACCCAUCCACUAAGGAUCACCUGGUGUCUUGCGUUUCCACAGGGAGCGUGCAUGUUUGUACUUAGUGCUGCAAGAGGCAGGUUGGCCAAGUGUAAACACCCAAAUAAAACAAUAAAAAAAAAAAAA